AUUCCUCCUAUCCAAGGACUAAGCAAACCCAGCAUCCCUGAAUCCUCCUACAGCCAUCAAACAGUCUUCCUUACUGUAACAGGGCAUGGAGGAACUGGUGGACCAGGGGCUGGUGAAAGCCCUGGGCGUCUCUAACUUCAACCACGUGCAGAUUGAAAGACUCCUGAGCAAGCCUGGGCUGAAACACAAGCCAGUGAUGAAUCAGAUUGAGUGCCAUCCAUACCUCACCCAGGAGAAACUGAUCCAGUUUUGUCACUCCAAGGGCAUUGGCAUCACAGCAUACAGCCCGCUGGGCUCCCCAGACAGACCUUAUGCCAAGCCAGAUGACCCGGUAGUACUGGAGAUUCCCAAGAUCAAGGAGAUUGCUGCCAAGCACAAGAAAACAACAGCUCAGGUUCUAAUUCGGUUCCAUAUCCAAAGGAAUGUGGUGGUGAUUCCCAAGUCUGUGACACCCUCGCGCAUACGUGAGAACUUUCAGGUCUUUGAUUUCCAGUUGAGUGAUGAGGAGAUGGCCACUAUUCUCAGCUUCAACAAAAACUGGAGGGCCUGUGGUGUGUUUGCUGCAAUUAAUGAAAAGGACUAUCCUUUCCACGAAGAAUACUGAAGCUGAUUCACUUGAUGAGAUUGCCUAGUGGAUUCCAUCUUCAUUGUGUGACAGUGACUCCUGAGUCCUAUUUUAGCCAAGUGUGUCCAACAUCAACCUUGAUGUAGGUCCUGAUCACGCAAUGCUGAAUUUAAAUCCUUAUGCUCAACCAGGAGCAGACUGUCACAGGGAAAUGUGACUCAGAGAAACAAAGGACAA